AUGCCUUUACAAGCCUUGCAGAGUUUUUUUUCCGGCUCGACGCUGCUGGCAUCAUCAUCUUCUCAUGAGUCUGUUAUGAGCUCUAUUUAUUCAUCAUCCUCAACAUUGUUAUCCUCAUCAUUGAUUACUCCAUCGGGGUGGCCUUGGUUUUUUAAUGUAUCUUCUUGUGAGGGAUAUCCAUCGUUGACCACACAAAUGCCAGAUAGUAUGGAUCUAUGUGUGUGGAGAGGAUGGUUUUAUUUUAUCGCUCUAAUUUUUGGAUUGGUAGUUGUUAGUGGUGCUAUUUUGACAAUUACCACUUGGAUUCUUUUUGGCGUUCUCAACCUUUGUAAAUGUCUCUUCGGAACUGGCUCACGUAGACGAAAAGGAUAUCAACGAAUCGGAGAGGAACCCAUUUCCAGAGUGUUACACAGCGAAUACGGAUCAGGAGAUUUAUCAUAUUCAUCAGGGGGCGAUUCUGUGUUUACUAAGAUUUGUGGAGCUUCAUAUUGCUGCUUGAUGAUGAGUGUUAUUUUAUUGGCACUUUGUGGAAUUGGUUUUUCGAUUGCAUUCUUUGUUGGAUUAGAUAGAACAUCAAAGCCCGUGUAUACUGCCCUAGACAGUGCUAAGAGUGCCCUCAAUGAAACUAUAGUUAUCAUGUCAAACACUACGUACACACAAGGUUUGACAAAUUUUUUGCUAAAUUAUGGUACUACUAGUAAUGUUGUCGCUAGUGCGAUUCCACAAGGUCAGGCCUACUUGACAAAUGCCGUUGUCGACAAUGAUGACAGACUACAUUUAGAAGAUUUGAUUUAUAACAAGUUGAAUGAUUCUAUGAAAGCACUGUAUGAAAAAUCAUUCAAAAUUUACGAAAUUACUCAAAAAUACGACAACAUUGUCAAGACAAGUAGCAUUGAUGUGUUCCAAUUGGAUGACGUUUACAAUUACACAAAUUUAAUGCCUGAGGGUCUUGUGAAACAAAUGUUAACAAGUCAUAGCUAUUUACUAGAAGCUCUUACUCUCACGCAAUUCAUUGUAGAUCGUCUCAACUAUACAAACAAUGUUUUCCAAGGUAACACCUAUUCCAAUUGGAACAGUAUGUGGAAUGAAGUUUUUGGACCGCUCGCUCUUCAAGCUCCAACCAUUCCUUCACAAGUUGGACAGUUUGAAGAUGUGAUUGGAAAUGUCACAACUCCAGGAGCCGAACUCUACGCACAAGACGUGAUUACCAAAUUUGAAAUAGCCUACAUGUCAUCCUUUAUUGGAUUCUUUGUCAUUGCCUCAAUUGUUGCAAUGACUGGUGGAGUGGGUGUCACGAAAAAAUCCUCUGGUAUACUCACUCUUGCAUGCUGUUGCAGCUGUUCCGUCUUGAUUUGGCUCAUGCUUCUUGCAGGUGCUGGUAUUGCCUUGUUAAUGGCAGUGGGACCAUACUGUAUCAAUGGUGACAAUUUGUUUAAUCCUGAAAAUAUGAAUCAACCACAUUCAUUCUCUCACUCUUCAUUCGAGUACUACCUCAUGAAAACUCAACAAGACGGUCAUUUGGCAUUACCACCAUCCACAAUCUUUGGAAAUUCUGACUUGUUUGUUCACAAUUAUUCAUUCGUAGUGAAUGUGACACGAUUCUUCUUGAAUUGUGGUGGACAAAACUUUGAUCAAAAACCUGAUGAGUAUCAAAAUGUUCUCAAUGUGAUUGAACUUGCUCAACAAGGACACUAUGCCACCUCAGAUGAUUAUCAAACAUUCUUUGACAAUUUUAUCAUGGGAAUGGAAAGUUUGAACGUUACGUAUCAAGGAAAUCAGAUAGCUACAAGUGGACAACUGUUAUUUAUUGAAAUGAAUACAAUUUUGAAUCAAGGAUUACCAAAUAUUCAGGCAGGUCUUUCCUCCUACAUGAAUGCUUUGGACCAAUUCAAGAGCCGUGUGAAUAACAAUUCAAAUUAUGAAAACUAUGAGGCUAACAAGGAAGAAAUUACUAACUUCCAACAUGAAAUGACCACUCUGUUGGAUUCAUUGUAUGACUCUGCGAAUCAGACCAUAUUCGUUGAAUAUGCCAACGCAAACGAUUGGUUCCACACCAAAUCAUACCCUGAAUUUGUACAAGGAUACCAACUUGGAACCACCUUCAUGUUGAAUUUGGAGAAUAACUUGGAACCUGCUGCAUCUUCAUUGGUUGAUGCUGCUCAAGUCGUUGGAGAGAUGCUCAACGAGUUGAAAGUUAAAACCAAGUGCAGCUUUAUGGUAGACACUUCUACCCAAGUGACAAACGAUAUUUGUGGUAUUAUGGCUAUUUCAACAUUUGGAACCGUUUCAGCUCACUUGCUGAUUGUAUUCACUUUAUUUGCAGCUUUAAUUGUUGGUGUGGUGCUUUCAGGUAGAUUCAAAGCGCAAUUAUUGAAUGGUGGGAUUAAUUAA